UAAAAAGCAGCCGCUAGCUAUCAGUUUCAAGUAGAUGCAAACACGCGAUGAAAGCAUGAAAGUUUUAUGAGCUACAGACUAUAGGUUAUCACUACUGAAAGAGAAGUUUAUUUUAAUACUUCCCUCCCUCCUUUAGAAGAUUAAAUAAGCCUGAAGCAGCACUGAGUUGAUUACACACAUCACGCGUUAGAGAAGAGACGAUGGUGGAUCUUUAAUUUUUUUGAGGAUUUUAUUUUAAAUCCUAAAGCUGUGUGCGCAAGUUUAACAACCGUUCCGUUGGUACUAAAAAAAGCGGAAUUGAAAACUGUCCGUUUGGAUCAGCUGCGUGGAUAUCAAACAAACGGAGAAAUUGAGUAUCGACACUAAAAGUAACUUUGAGUUUUCUUUAAUGGUGCAGAUCACAAUAUGAACUUAACUGACAUGAACAAUGACCAUACAGAAUCUUCUCACUCAGGCGAAGAAAAUGAAAGAACUAUAACUAUCAUAAACUCAGCGCUAAACGUUCCAUUGAUACUGAUGUCAAUUUUAGGAAACGGUUUAGUCGUGGUCAUUAUAAUGAAAAAUCGUAGUCUUCAAUCUCCAUCCAUGACAUUUCUGUUCAGCCUGGCGGUAUCAGACCUUCUUGUCGGUUUGGUCGCACAACCUCUUUAUAUCGCGAAUACCUUGACAACUAAUAUUCAUUUUUUAAGACUUGCAACGGGUAUGAUGGCUUUUUUCCUCUGUGGAGUGUCACUGGAUACGGUAACAGCCAUUAGUGUGGAUCGCCUCAUGGCGCUCAUUUAUCACCUAAGAUACCCUAGCUUGGUGACUCCGAAUCGUGUAAGAUACACCAUAAUGCUGAUUUGGCUGUCCAAAGUCCUAACGUCGAGUCUUUACCUUUGGAGGAUGCGCGAAUGUCAUUUCGUAGUUGCCUUUACCACUGUAAUGAGUCUUAUUAUUUCAACAUUGUCGUACCUCAAAAUCUAUGGUAUCGUUCGUCGCCACCGGUUGCGUAUUAACGCGCAGCAACUGGCGUUCAGUGGCGCAGAAAACAUUACGCACAUGGCGCGUUUGAGGAGAAGUGCAUUGAACAUGUUCGUUUUCUACAUUGUCUUGAUUUUAUGCUACUUCCCCAUGUACGUAUUAUCCACUCUUCACGGAGCCUCUUUACUAAAUUGGAAAACCAAAUGGGACUUUGUUCACACCGCCGUGUUCAUGAACUCCUGCAUUAAUCCAAUUUUAUACUGCUGGCGGCUUCCCGAACUUCGAGCAGCGAUUAUAAAAAUAUUGCGUGAGAUAUUCUGCGUUCAAACGCAUCAAAAUUGAAUGGCAACAUUUGUUCAGUUUAACGAUAGUCAAUCUAUUCUUCAGAAUAUUCGUUCCUCCUUCUGUUAAACCACUAGUUAAGGGCACAUCUCACAGAUAUAUAUAUAUAUAACGGCUUAAUUUAACGCGAAAUAUAGGGAUUACAAAAUUUUGAUGAGAAACCUUUAUCCUCUGAGUAUAACGAUUCCAUUCUAUCUACUUUGGAAAAGGUUUUUAUUUUUUCAGAAUUUGCAGAGUCUUGUCGAUUCUCAAGGUUUCAGAAUUUGCAGAAAACGAACAGCCGCAGAACAAUUCGUUGUAAAAUUUCGCCACCUUCAGUACAAUAAGAUAAACAUCACUUAAAACCGUCGAGUCACUGGGGUGAUUUAUAUCGUGCGAAAACAAAAAACAUUAACGUUACUUUUAAUUUAAAAAAAAGAAAAAAACAGAGCUUAGAAAAAUGUUUACUAUCGAAACAGAAGUACACGCUUAAAUAGAAUCACAAUGCAAUAUUUUCAGCCGUUGAACUGACCACGCUAUAAAGAUGAAAAUUUAUCGUCUCAGUUUCCUUCCGACACUAAAUUUCUUCUGCUCGGAUAUCGUAAGAAUUAUGUCCCUUGCCAAACCUCAGAGUUCUUAAUUAGGAAAUACUGUUUUCUAGAAAAAAAAAAUAUCUUGUUAGUCAGCGAAAUAAACUCUGCGACCAUAAAAUUUUCAUGACAUACGCUAUAUAUUACAUUUUAAGUUGGCUGCAGGGUAUAUUAUUCUAAGUCAAAAAGAUCUUUUAGGGCUAUCAUUAACAAAAUAUACAAAACUUUUAAAAAUUUCUCAUGCAGAAUUUAGAGAAAAAUAGAGUAAAGCAGUAAGCAUUUAUCCUCUCAACACAAAGAAGGUUUUGUUCAAGUUAAAAAUUAAAGUUUUCUUAAUGGAUGUUAAUGGAUGUAAGAGUACAAUUGUCUUGUAUAACUGAUUCACAUGAAAGGCGCCAUAAAUUGCUUAUGCAAAAUGAGAACA